AUGGAGCUUUUAAAUACUGUCGAGCAAAUCGCUGCUUAUUCCUUUUGCGGCGUGAUCAUUGGCAUUGCCGGUGUUCUGAGUUAUCGACUACUUCUUCACCCGCUCAGCGACUACCCAGGACCAUUGAUCGCAAAACUUACUGACGGCCGAAAUGGCUAUUAUUCCCUACUGAGGGAUCUGCAUCUAGUCAGUCUUCGGGAUCACCGAAAGUUCGGCCCAGUAGUCAGGCACGGGCCAAACAAGCUUUUGUUCAAUACCGUCAAGGCUUUACACGCUCAAGACAUAUACGACAAUGACAGGGUGCUCAAGUCCCAUGUGUAUACUGUCACUGUUCAAUCUCCCGGUGUUUGUAAUUCGUUCAAUGUCAUCGAUCCACGAGAACACCGGGCAAAGCGGAAAAUACUUGGACAAGUCAUCAACGAGGGCGGAAUGCGAAUUUUUGAGGAUACAAUGAUCGGCCAGAUUGAUAUCUUCAUUAAGUUGAUUCGUUCUUCCUGUGACGGGCCUGAGCCCGUGAACCUAUCUACCCGUCUUGACUAUCUAACUUGCGAUAUAGUGGGACUUCUCUCAUUCGGUUAUCACCUCCGCCUUCAAACUAAUUCAGACAAUCGUUUCAUGAUGAGAGGAAUGUACUAUGGGAAUUACUUCAGCAACACCCGGAUGCAAUACUACCGCCUCCAUCAGUUCCGACUUGGGAGAAUUAUUCAGCACCUCAGCAAAGCUACCCUAGAGAAAUAUAAGCGGUUGAUGGAGAAAAUGAUCACAGAGCGCAUCUCGAACGACAAUCCCUUGACUCACGAUCUUUAUGCGGUUGCCUCGCAAGCUAACCGAGAUGAGGAAACUCUGGGAGGAAACGUUCGAAUGAGUGAUAUCUGGUCUGAGGCAGUGGUAUUUUUCCCUGCGGGUGCUUUUUCAGUAUCUACGGCAACGUGUGCUUUGUUCUUUUACCUCUCACGAGACAAGAUGCGCACCGCGAAAUUGCAGAAAGAAAUACGCUCAACAUUCAGGAAUCCAGCUGAGAUCAGAAGUGGACAGCAACUCUCAAGCUGCCAUUAUCUGCGCGCAUGCAUUGAUGAAGCGCUACGUAUUGCAACACCAAUACCCGGCACGCCAUGGCGAGAGGUUGAAUCCACGGACUCGAAACCUCUGAUUGUGGAUGGACAUGUGGUACCGGCCGGCACCCAGAUUGGUGUCAAUGCUUACGCUAUUCAUCACACCGAGGAGUAUUUUCCCAAUCCGUAUUCAUUCGACCCUGAGCGCUGGUUGGCAUCUGAGACACCAGAGCAGCAGUUGAAAGCGAUGCGUGAAGCUUUUUCUCCCUUCUCAAUUGGUUCACGGGCAUGCACUGGCAAAGCCAUGGCUUACCUUGAGACCAGUCUCAUCAUGGCCAAAGCAAUUUGGCAUUUUGAUUUUGAGCUACCUGCGGGUCCAUUGGGCAAAGUGGGUGGUGGACAGCCAGGCAACAGCAACGGCAGGCAUCUUCCUAACGAGUAUCAGAUUCAUGAUGUUCUUUCUGCAGCACAUGACGGUCCCCUUUUGAAAUUUCGUUUGAGGGGUGGUAUUGAGGAUAAUUUGGCAACUGAUGGCCUGUCAUUCCAGUGA